AUGGCUUACUCUCAACAUGACGACACCUUCUUCGUCGAGUCCGAUGAACCUCAUCACAGAAUCACUGCCCAAGAGGCGGCGAGGAUGAUGGCACGUCAAAGACAAGAUAUCAUUGGCGUCGAACUCUCACGGUUAGCAGGUGACGAAUAUCUCGAGGAUAUCAUGCAACACAUGCGACAAAUGGAGGAUGAGACACUACCUGAUGCCUCCCUCAUCGAUAUGCAACGCGAGAUCCAAUGGUUUAUGCGACCUUACUUGAUCGACUUCCUCAUUGAGGCUCACGCCGCCUUUGGCCUGCUACCUGAAACCCUCUUCCUGACUGUCAACCUCCUGGACCGAUACUGCUCGAAGCGAGUUGUGUACAAACAACACUACCAAUUGGUCGGAUGUGCCGCUCUACUCAUCGCCGCCAAGUAUGGAGAUAAGAAGGAUCGCGUUCCUCAAAUUCACGAGCUCAACAACAUGUGCUGCGGCCUCUACGAUGCAGGCAUGUUCACUCAGAUGGAGAUGCACGUCCUCAACACGCUUGACUGGAUCAUUGGCCACCCUACCGUCGACUUCUUCUCUCAACUAAUGGUGGCGGGGGAGGGUGAUGAUCAGGAAGUUGCGCACAUGGCUGCCUACCUCUGCGAAAUUGCUUUGUACCACCGCGACUUUGUCUCCACCAAGCCUUCGGUCCUGGCUCGAUCUUCGCUUGCCCUUGCUCGGGCUAUUCUUGGUCGCACUGAAGUCAACGAUGGUGGUUGGGACCAAACAGAGAACGUUACCUUGAUUACUCUAUCGCAUCACCUUCACCAGCCAUCACCCACACUCGCCCGCAAGUACUCAACGACCGGUUUUUCUCGCGUAUCCCAGAAGCUUGCUGAGUUCAUGGCUGAACAAGCUGCCAUUGCCCGUCGAGCUGCCAGCGCCAACCCUGCCACCCCUCUCACCGAGCCUAUCAACAAGCACACCAGCAACAUCUAUAGCACACCUUCCAAAGGGCACAGCGCGAUGGGGUUCGAUGGAUACCUAACUCCUCCGAUCACACCGGACGGUAACACUUUGAUGGGUAACAACCUGGCUAAAGAAUCAUAUGUCUUGCCUCCCCGAUGUCCAGUCACCCCUACGCCCCCUCACCAUGCGGCAGUAUAUGGUCAACAACAACAGCAACAACAAAACCAAUACGUCGGAUACGUUAACCAGCAUGGCAUGAACCAAUAA